GUAUAAAGAAGAAAGAUCGCUCGAUAAUUUUAAAUACAACAAAUGGGUAUACCGUAUUAUAUUGUAUUGGACGGACAUGUAUAAAUAGGCUAACUUUAUUAAUAAUGCAAAACCAUAUUGUGAAUGGACACUAUUUCGUUCAUUCUAGUACCAAUAAACGCAACGAUGUGCAUAAUAAGCAACUUGAGUAACAACUAUUCAAAAACGACAAAUAUGGAUACUAGUUAAAACAUAUUUAAUAAUAUUUCGAUUACGGAUUAAAAUGAACAGAGAGACCUCAACCAUGUUCUUUUCAAAGGUUUUCGUCUUCGCUUUGAUAAGCAUCACAGACUUUGUGUUAGCAGAAGGUGACCGGCCACCCGUUUCCUUGGAUGCGAUAAUCGCCCUUUCCUGUGUGUGUUCAUUUCUAGGGGUCGUUUUGAUUCUCUCCGCCACCUGCUAUUACGUCAGACGUCAGCGACGUAAAGACAACAAGCGGCGUCAAGAGAAACUAGCGCAGGUCAAAAUUAUUUUGAAGGAGCACCAGCAUAGGAAAUCUGCCGAAAAGCCAACCUUGCCGAUCAUUCCGCAAACAUAUCCACUACAACAUCAUUCUAACCAUUCAACAACGAAGAAAAGCGAGGUAUCCCAAUUCGUUACCAGGGAAACGCCCGUGAGCGCGCGCUCUGGCGAAACCGAGGUCCAGGAAGCGUCAGCAGUGAUAAGCGACAGUGACGACAACGUAGACGAAGUUUUUCUCAACAACAUGGUGGCCGAAAAAGCACAGAAAUAUAAUGAGUGGCGGAUGACACAGUCCACAACAAAUCUGGUUCCCGAAAGCUCAUACCAUACGGGAUCCGGACGUUUCGUCACAAAGACACAGCGUCCAACUACGACGAUGCGAUCAGUGUCACCCGCGCGCUUGUCUCCAGGUUACGAAAGGGGGCGUUCCCGGGCACGGACUUUCGUGUAUGCAGAUGGUCACCAUGGCCAUCAGAACUCGCAUAAUUCUCAAUUCCAAUAUCUUGUAAAGCGAUCCAGGUCUGCCCCCAAUGUUAACCGCCAUCCUCUUCCAACCGCAGUGAACGGAAGUGGAAACGACAAGCGCCUGUAUUUUACAAAAUCUCACUUCAUGGCUAUCCGGACUCCUUUCUCCAAGAAAUACCUACUUCCGCCAACAUUGACGUCUUACGCGGAGCGUCCGGCCGCAAAACGCGUCGUGGUGACGCACCCACCGCCACAAAAACAGGUGAUCCACAUUGAAAGGCCUGCCCCGCCCGCUCCUCGACAACCGGAUGUGAUCCCGGGGAACGUUUACCACGUGCAAUACUCUGCCGCGCCUAACCAGACCGCGCAUAGAAUUGAAUCAGAUUCAUCAUUCCAAAGCUAUGACCGCCAGUACGUCAAACACAGCUCGGCGCCACGAACGUACACUUCCGGAGAAUCCCGAGUGUACACGAUCAGCGGCGACGGAGGAGAUUACUACACUAACGGAGACAGACAAGGGUACACGAGUGGAUCCCGAGUUUACACGAGUGGUGCCGAUUCGAGGGUUUACACAAGCAGCGAGAAUUCGCCGAGAAUUAUGUACACAAGCCAACAAUCGCCAACCUAUGCCACUUCAAAGACAUAUGACUAUGGAAACGUUACAGUUAUCCGCAGUGAUGGAAAACCUAUGCAAGACUCCGAAUGGGACGGAGAUGACCUACAAGUAAACAGGAUAACGUUAGGAGAAGACAAAUAUUCGUACCCGUAUCGUAGCAGCUACACUGAACAUGCGCGCGCAAUAAGCGGAACUCGACCGGAUAAAAGAGACGACGACUAUACUAUCGUCGAUUUCGUCGAACCGACAACACAGAACUCGUCGACACCUCGAUUUCCCGGACAGGACCCCACAGCACUCACGGAUCUUGAUAAACUUCUAGAUUCGCCCGCGGCUAGCUCAAGCUCUUCCCAGGCGGGAGGCUCAAGUUCUAGCCCGAGUUCGAGUUCGGAUAAGUCAAAGAAAUAGUCUAAUAAGCGCGCAAUGUGCACUGCAAGUUAAAGUUAAAACAAUGUUGACACUAUCAAAGACUUAAAUUAUAACUCUGUUCAUGAUUGGAAAUCAGGUUUAACCCAAAGUCUGUACUUUCAGUUUUGAUUUCAUAUUUAUUUCAAUAAUAAGUCAGUCACACAAAAUUUGCCAUUAUUUUUUUUUAUAUAAUAUCAAGUUCAAUUAAAAUCCAAAAUAACACUAAAUUUGCCUUUUUUGUAAAAAAUAAGAAAUUAACAGUGAACACGCUUCAAUUUUUUUUCAUCAAACGUGUGAACAAAGGCUUUCGACACUAACAAUAUAGUUUUCUGCUACGCUUUCUUUGUAAAUAAGCGAAGUGUACCAUAUUUAAUGAGACAAUAAUCGGGUCUUGUAUUGUUUCGUAAUUAUUAUUUGUUUCAAAUUGUUCUUGUUUUUCUCUCCAAAUAUCAGCUGUUACUAUAUAUGGGGUAAUUGCGUGUUCAGUAUAUAUCUUUGCAAUUAUUAACAAUUAUACUCUUUGGUGUUUUUUCAUCUUUGUGAUAUGUUAUAUUUGUCUUUCGGUUAAAGUUUCCCCUUACAAUCGUAGUAACAUCGCCAUCAGUGCCUUCGACGAAGCAGGAGAUGAACAAUUAAAAACAUGAUUUUAGCCUUUACGUAGAAUGUCGGCCACGCUUGGUUUUCGGAUAGUUUGGUUUCGGACAAGUGUUAAAAUUGGAGUGUUUAAGGCAGUUUAAGGAUUGUAAGGUCUGCAUUUGCAUCGGCGGAAGAUUAUCAAGAUACAUUUGUGGUGCUACUUUAAUUCAGGAAUAUUUCGUGAAAUAUAUUCUGAUUCUGAUGCAUCUGUUUGACACAUGUACUUAUUUUGUGGCGAAUAAACGAUCGUCUUCGAGAUAUGACAUGCACCAUAUUGCAAAAAAGAUAUAAAGCAAUUUUCGUUAAACUAUCUAUGUUUUUCAUGUUUAUAUUAUGAACUGAUGGUGUAUAUUUAUGUUAACAUAUAAAUCAUAUGUAUAAUUGCUUGUGAACCAAUAUUAUAUGUGU